AUGCUAACAACCUCGCUACUGACGGCGUUCGUCGCCGGCGCACUGGCAAAUCCGUGUGGAGAGGUAAAGACUGUGACUCGGACAUGGUGGUAUCAGGAAGGCGGCAGCGUGCAACCACAGAGUCAAGCAUGGGCUGAUCAUGAGCUACCGGCCAGCACUGCCAGUGGCGAUGGUCACUCGUGGUCCGAUCACGGACCGCCAACCAAGACCACUUCCGGAACGACGAAGACAAUGACUGGGGCGAGCUCUACUACAACGACUGCUAAGCCUACAGCUGAUACUGUGAUUGAGUACAGCACUGUUGGCGGAUACUUCCUGCAAGACGACAACAGCACUUCGACGACUGGAUUUGACUAUGCCAACGUCAACUUUGGGUUGAUCAAUCAAACAUAUGACACGGACACCGAUGCAAGCUUGACCCAAUGGCAACGAUUUGCUGUGAAGCUCAAGGACCUCCAGGACUCGGCGCCCAAGGAUACUUCGUACAAGCUGGUGUUCAUGGGUCGACAUGGCGAGGGCAAUCACAACGCUAUGGAAUCGUACGUCGGAACGCCAGCCUGGAACUGCUAUUGGGCAUUGUUGGAAGGUGCGAACUCGUCAUUCAUCUAUGCCGAUGCCCCGGUCACAGAGUCCGGCGCUGCGCAAGCGGAGAAGGCCAACAAGUACUGGGCGUCGCGGUAUGCUGAACAAAAGAUCCCGUACAUCGAGUCGUACUACUCCUCACCAAUGCAGCGCUGCUUGCAGACUGCUGAGCUGACGUUCGCCGACCUUGACUUACCGGCGAAGUAUGCAUUCAAGCCGGUCAUCUUGGAAGGCUUGCGUGAAGGCAUGGCUGAGCAUACCUGCAAUCGCCGCUCGACCAAGUCGUGGAUUGAGGAGAACUUCCCCGAGUUCAGCUUCGAGGCGGGCUUCACGGAGAAUGACGAGCUGUGGACGGGAGUGACGGCUGAGGUGCAACCUGCGCAGGACUUUCGCUCGAAGACGAUGCUGGACGAGGUGUUCAGCAGUGAUGACAAUACGUAUCUGAGCUUCACCAGUCACUCCGGCGAGAUCUCCUCGAUCUUGAGAGUGGUUGGCCACCGAUUGUUCAGUUUAAGCACAGGUCAGAUCAUUCCAGUGUUGAUCAAGGCUGUGACGACAACGCCGGAGAAGGCGACGACUACGGUGACUUCGGCGACAUGGACGCCUAGUCCUUUCUGCACGGAACCGCCAGUGACCAGUAUCCCAGCAUGGGGAUCUGGAGGUGGCUGCGUUUGCCAGAGCAGUGCGGCGCCGACAAUUACCGAGCUGCCUGACUUUCCAACAGUUACAGCGACACCGGCUUCAACCGGUGCGUAG